CGAAAAAACUAAAAAGGCCAACGUUACAUUUUGGAAGAAGCUUUGUGUAUGUUUGAAGUAAGAAGAAAUACAGUCUCUAGGGCAAUGGUGCUCCAACAAGUGAAGACAGAUCAAGAAGAACUUUUUAAUGAUUUCAUUUUCCGAUCCAAACUUCCCGAUAUUUCCAUCCCCAAUCACCUUCUUCUCACUGAUUACGUCUUCCAAAAGUUCUCCGGUGUCGGCGAUGGAGACUCUACCACUACUUGUCUCAUCGACAGUGCCACCGGACGUAGUUUUACCUACGCCGAUGUACAAAUCUAUUCACGGCGGAUCGCCGCCGGUUUCCACCGGCUCGGGAUCCGCCACCGUGACACAGUGAUGCUCCUUCUCCCGAACUCGCCGGAGUUUGCUCUAUCUUUCCUCGCCGUCACUUACCUCGGAGCCGUUUCCACCACCGCGAAUCCGUUCUAUACGCAGUCUGAGAUUGCAAAACAGGCAAAAGCCUCCGCCGCGAAGAUGAUCAUCACGAUGCGAUGCUACGUCGAUAAACUAACAAACCUUCAAAACGACGGCAUUUUAAUCGUUUGCGUUGAAGAUGAAGACGGCGAUGUUUCAUUGGUCAACGGCUGCGUGAGUUUCACAGAACUGAUUCAAGCGGAAGAAACAGAGCUUCCUAAACCGGAGAUCUCGCUGGAGGACACGGUGUCGAUUCCGUACUCCUCAGGGACUACGGGGCUUCCAAAGGGAGUGAUGCUUACUCACAAGGGAUUAGUUACGGGCAUCGCUCAGAGAGUGGACGGAGAAAACCCUAAUCUUAACUUCACCGGAGAUGACGUCAUCCUCUGUUUUCUCCCAAUGUUUCACACUUACACGCUCAAUGCGUUGAUGCUUUCGGCGAUGAGGACCGGUGCGGCGCUCUUGAUCGCGCCAAGGUUCGAGUUGAAUCUGGUGAUGGAGCUGAUUCAUAAGUACAAAGUCACGGUGGUUCCGGUGGCUCCUCCGGUGGUCUUAGCGUUUGUUAAGUCCCCGGAAACUGAGAGAUACGACCUGAGUUCCGUGAGGAUGAUGAUUUCAGGUGCGGCGACGCUCAAGAAGGAGCUCGAAGACGCCGUGCGCCUCAAGUUUCCCAAUGCCAUAUUAGGUCAGUGUUAUGGAAUGACUGAGGCAGGAGUGGUGGCUAAGUCAUUGUCAUUUGCAAAGAAGCCGUUUAAGACCAAAUCCGGUUCGUGCGGGACUGUGAUCAGAAACGCUGAGAUGAAAGUGGUCGAUACCAUUACCGGAGUCUCCUUACCGCGUAACAAACCUGGCGAAAUCUGCAUCCGAGGCGAUCAACUCAUGAAAGGGUAUUUGAAUGAUCCGGAGGCUACUGCACGAACCAUAGAUAAAGACGGAUGGUUACACACAGGGGACAUUGGGUUUGUGGAUGAUGACGAUGAGGUCUUCAUUGUUGAUCGGUUAAAGGAACUGAUCAAAUUCAAAGGCUAUCAAGUGGCUCCAGCUGAGCUUGAAGCAUUGCUUAUUUCUCAUCCUUAUAUCGACGAUGCUGCUGUUGUCGCAAUGAAGGAUGAAGUUGCUGGAGAGGUUCCGGUAGCAUUUGUUGUUAGAUCAGAAGGGUCUCAGCUAACUAAAGAUGAUGUGAAGAAUUAUGUCAGCAAACAGGUGGUUCAUUACAAGCGAAUCAAGAUGGUGUUUUUCACUGACUCUGUUCCUAAAUCUCCAUCAGGGAAGAUAUUAAGAAAGGAUCUUAGAGCAAGACUAGCUAAUGGAACUUUAAAAUGAUCUAUGCACGUAAACACAAAAAUUGUCGAUUAGCAAAGGGAAGUUAUUUUUUAAAAUUUAUUAGCUUGUAUUGGUUCACCAAUCUAAGCUAAAAGGAUCUUAGAGAAGGGCUAGCUAAAUGCUUGAUGAACAAAGAGGACAAUAUUUGCUUUAUUUUCUAUGUAUUCAUGUGGUAAAGACAUAAGGGUUGUAUUUUUUGUUUCCUCAAAGCUGUUUAACAAAAAAUAAAAACAAAAAUUAGUGGAAUUAUGUUACCUAUAGUAUGA